UGCUCUUGGUGGAGUGCAUGGUGAGUUGUGCGUGGAUGCCGCGGAAAUAGCAUGAAGCCUCCACAGGCGCAAGAUCUCCGCGCUACCGCACACAACACGCCACGUGAUAAGAUGCGUGGAUUGGUCUCAGAUGCCAUUCGUCCUCCGGCACCCGGAUUGAGAAUCUGCUCUUCAGGAAAUACGCGCUGUCAGUUAACGCGUCUGUGAAUCCACCAAUCAGUCGCGCUGGACACGAAGUGAUUGAUUUUCGCAAACCCUGUAGAUCUAACCAAAGAUAUCCACUGGAAGCUCCUCUCUCUAAUGUAAGACCUAUCUGAUCAAAUAUUGAUGAAGUGGAUGGACGUCCAAUAACUGUUCCAUUCUUCGCUCUAACUCCACUGCGAUUAAUUGGAUUCAUUGGAAAUCACUGGAAGGUCUUAUGCUGACAGAAAGAACAUCAUAACUAAGAAUUUUUACAUAAAGGGAUCUAUUCUGUAAGAUAUGGCUAUUAAUACAGACGCGCCUCACGCGACAGGUGCUCUGGGCGUCGCGCUGAAGUCCACCGAUUUUGGAGACACUGAAAAACUUCUGGACGUCUCGGCCAGAGAGCUAAAGGGAGAGUUAAACCACAACACGUCUGAUACAAGCAGCGUCAAGAACCUCGAAACGGAACAGAAUGAUCCGAAUGUGGACUAUGUAGUCACAAUCCACCGAUCUCCAUCUCGGGUCAGUUUCAGCCGCGCCUCAUCGCCGACACCCGGAGAACGGGAGCCCUGUAGUUUCAUUUGGGUGGCGGUGCUCUCGUGCUUCUGCCCUGCUGUUCCAAUCAACUUGUUUGCCCUUUAUUUUGCGCAUAUGUCCCGCUCCAUGAUACAAGCCAAAGAUUAUGAUGGGGGCAGAAGACUUGGACGUCUAUCUCUGUUGCUCAGUGUUGUUUCCAUUGUUGUGGGUCUGGCAAUACUCCUUUAUCUGGUGAUGUCAGAGAUUCAAUAGAUUAUGUUGUACAGAGCACAUUUAUUAGUUGUGGACAUCCUACAGAAUCUGAAAUCAGAGCAUGGAUGUUAACGGCAUUAGAGCUGAGACCAAAGAAGAUGAACAAUGAACGCCACGUGAAAACCUUAAAAAGAAAAAAAGCUCAGUGGUGAAAUCUAUUUACAGUAUAAUUAAUAUGGUAAACAGUAUUAAAUGCAUUUGAAUUUAUGACAUGGAGUCAGAUUGAAAAUCUUGAAUACUUCCAACUAUUUGUUGUUGUGUCUUAGCAAAUUAAUCAGUCUAUCCUGAAAUCCUAUGAUGAAUCUGUUUUGCCUAACCUUAUCAUACAAUGCCUUAGUAUCGGACAGACUUUGCACUGAAUUUUAAACGAGAUAAUUGGAUUAAUUUUUACUUUUUUAUCUUUUAAUAUUGUAAACUAUAUGAAACAUUAAGAUUAACUUUGUAAAAUAAUAA